CGACGCCAACCCAUUGACCACCACACUACGCCAAAUACUUUGUUUACAGACAAGAACACCAGUUUCUAAACUAUAGUGAAUGUGAAACCACUGUGGAUAGUUCUUCACGUCCAUCAACAACUAUUUUUCUUUCCACACACUAUGGACUAUUGACUCCAGAUCUUUGGCGCGGCCUUGAAAAUGCCCCAAAUCUAGUCAACAGUGUGCCUUAAAAAUGGCCAAGGCCGAUUUAUUAAAGUCCUUAAUGGACGUUGUGGGAUUUCUGGUGUUAUGUUUAGUCGUGAUUGUGAAAUCAGUGGUAAAAUCAUUACUCCCCGCCUCUUAUCAACACUUUAAAAAACUCAAAGGGGAGAUUAUUCUUAUCACUGGCGGGGGUGGCGGUUUGGGACGGUUACUAGCCUUGAGGUUGGCACGAUUGGACGCCAUCGUCGUCCUCUGGGACGUCAACGUCAAAGCUGUUGAAGAAACCGUGGAAUUAGUAAAAGGCAUAGGCGGCGUCGCUUAUGGCUUCAAAUGUGACCUUGCGGACAAAGAAGACGUGUACAAAAUAGCAAACACGACACGUCAAGAAGUCGGCGAAGUUACUAUUUUAAUAAACAACGCUGGAAUUGUUUCCGGAAAUCUCCUUUUAAACACUCCGGACCACUUAAUCAAACGCACAUUUGACGUCAACAUUUUGGCCCAUUUCUGGACCGUCAAGGCCUUUUUGCCCCACAUGAUUGAGAAAAACCACGGCCAUAUUGUAACAAUUGCGUCCAUGGCCGGCUUUGUCGGGAUUAAUAAAUUGGUGGAUUAUUGCGCCUCCAAACACGCCGCUGUGGGCUUCGAUGAAGCCCUCAGAGUCGAGUUGGAAGCCCAAGGGGUGGACGGGGUCAAAACCACCGUCGUUUGUCCCUAUUUCAUCCAGUCGACUGGGAUGUUCGACAAUGUCAACUCGCGUUUUUUGCCCACUUUGAAGUCCAACGAUGUGGCAGAUAGGAUUGUUGAAGGACUCCGGAAGGAGGAAAUCGUCGUGAUGAUCCCCGGAGUUUUCAAAACCGGAAUUAUUUUCAAAUUUUUAUUCCCAUGGGCGUGUAUAUCGAUGUUUUUGAGAGGUUUGGUUCCGGAUGCCGCCCCUCAUCACCACCUUCCAGUGCAAACUAGUGAGAAAAGUGAUUUUACAACUAAAUCGGAUAUUUUGAAGAGUUCUCUAGCUUCGUUAGAUCAACGAGAGGGGAUUAGUGGAAAGAAUCUUUAGUGAUUUUUUUUUGUCAAAGGUUGCAGUCAUUGGGUUUUAUUGUUCGUUUUAAAACUGUGUGACUUUUAAUUUAAUUAAAAUAUUUUUAUUACUAAA